UCACACUGAUCCCAGGCUCGGCCCGUCAUGUAGCUGCUGCGGACGCAUUCUUUGCGCUGCAUUUGCAGAAUUACGCGAUUCCCGCUCCGGGGGGGGGGGCCCGUGCACCGACCCGCGCGCUCCGCACGCAGGAAGCCUGCGCGUGCAUGAAGGAUCGCGGCUCGUCCAAUUGUUUGGCGCAUCUUCUGUUUGCAAAGCUCGAGCUGCUCCGCGGCGAUGGAGGGAGGGAGCGAGAGAGACGGCAAAGUCUUCUGUGCAGCCCCUCCCCCCCCCCACCCGAGCAAAGGGGAAAUGUCUCAGCCGAAUCGAGGUAAGAAGAAGCUGAAGCUGCCCAAGGAGGCGUUUGAGCAGCCCCCCCCCGCCGCCGUACCCCCCAGGGAUUUGGAUUCCAAAGCCUGUGUGACCAUCGGAGAAAAGAAUUUCGAGGUGAAGGCCGAUGACCUGGAGCAGAUCUGCGAGCUGGGCCGAGGGGCGUACGGCGUGGUGGACAAGAUGAGGCACGUGCCCAGCGGCCUCAUCAUGGCCGUGAAGCGGAUCCGGGCCACCGUGAACACGCAGGAGCAGAAGAGGCUGCUCAUGGACCUGGACAUCUCCAUGAGGACGGUGGACUGCUUCUACACGGUCACCUUCUACGGGGCGCUCUUCAGAGAGGGCGACGUGUGGAUCUGCAUGGAGCUGAUGGACACCUCCCUCGACAAGUUCUACAAGCAGGUGAUCGAGAAGGGCAGGAGCAUCCCCGAGGACAUCCUGGGGAAGAUCGCCGUCUCGAUCGUAAAAGCUCUGGAGCACCUGCACAGCAACCUGCAAGUCAUCCACCGAGACGUGAAGCCCUCCAACGUGCUGAUCAACACGCAGGGCCAGGUGAAGAUGUGCGACUUCGGCAUCAGCGGCUACCUGGUCGACUCCGUGGCCAAAACCAUGGACGCCGGCUGCAAACCCUACAUGGCGCCGGAGAGGAUCAACCCCGAGACCAACCAGAAGGGCUACAGCGUCAAGUCGGACAUCUGGAGUUUGGGAAUCACGAUGAUCGAGCUGGCCAUCCUGCGCUUCCCCUACGACUCGUGGGGAACGCCGUUCCAGCAGCUGAAGCAGGUGGUGGAGGAACCGUCGCCACAACUUCCCGCCGAGCAGUUCUCCCCCGAGUUCGUGGACUUCUCCUCUCUGUGCUUAAAGAAGGUUUCCAACGAACGGCCGACGUACACAGAACUCAUGCAACAUCCCUUCUUCAGCUCCCACGAGGCCAAAGAGACGGACGUGGCGAGCUUCGUGAAGGUCAUCUUAAGGGACUGAGGCCAGAAGGGAAAAUACAACCGAGGAAAAGCACCGAUCGCAGCCCCCCCCCCCCCCCCCCCCCCCC